UCUGUAACAUUACAUACCGAUCUCGGCGAUCUGAAGAUAGAAGUCUUUUGUGAAUCUGUGCCAAAGACAGCAGAAAACUUUCUUGCCCUAUGUGCAAGUGGAUAUUACGACAAUAAUCUAUUCCACAGAAAUAUAAAGGGCUUUAUGUUACAAGUGAGUCAUUCUCAUCCAAAUCAAAAUAUAUCUAAUACAUUCACUGAAAUUUGUUUUCAGACGGGUGAUCCCACUGGUACAGGAAAAGGAGGAAAUUCAAUCUGGGGACAGAAGUUUAAUGACGAAAUUCGAUCUGUAUUAAAGCAUAAUGCUCGCGGUAUUGUUUCAAUGGCCAACUCAGGACCUAAUACAAAUGGUUCCCAAUUCUUCAUUACAUAUGGAAAGCACCCACAUUUGGAUACAAAAUAUACAAUCUUCGGAAAGGUUAUUGACGGUGCAGAUACUACUCUAGAUGCGAUAGAAAAAAUGCCAGUAGACGAGAAAAAUCGCCCUAUACAGGAAGUGCGCAUUCGAAGUGUAACAAUUCAUGCAAAUCCAAUCGCAGACAAACAUGUUUAA